CGAUAUACAGUCUCGCUUCAGCAACAUGGCUUCAGCGCAGAGCUUGCUGCAUAGUCCGGCCUCGCCGCGGCUUGCUACAAUCCUGCAGCAUUUUCCGCCUGUCACGUACGCGUUUGCCUAUGGUAGUGGUGCGCAUUACCAGCCAGGGCUUUACGAUGUAACGGGCAAAGACCCGCUAGCCGACAACAGUACGAUGGCUUCGGAAACAAGUGCAAACUCUAGGUCACCAUCUAGCAGCAACGGCACGAAUAGCAGUCGGAGCAAGGGACCUGUGCUUGACUUCAUCUUUGCGGUGAAGGAUGCGCACCAAUGGCAUGAACAGAACCUGAAACGCAACCCCGAGCACUACUCCUGGGUUGGGCGGCUGGGGCCGGAAGUGGUGUGCGGUAUCUCCGAGGCGGUGGGUGUGGGGGUGCACUUCAACACGCUGGUGCAGCUGGACGCGCAGACCACCAUCAAGUACGGCGUCAUCGAGGCGGACACUCUACAUCAAGAUCUGUCGUACUGGACGAGCAUGUACAUCGCCGGACGGCUGCACAAACCCGUCACACCGCUCACGCCUCCAGCCUCCUCCUCCUCUGCUGCCUCCUCCUCCUCCUCCUCCUCCUCUUCCCCCACUGCCGCCAGCCUGGAGGGCGCUCAGCUGCUCAACCGGCACCACGCACUCGCCACUGCGCUGCUGCUGCUGCCGCCCACCUUCACGGAGGAGGAGCUGCUGCGCACCAUCGUGGGUCUGAGCUAUCGCGGCGACGUGCGACUGGCGGUGCGCGCGGAGGACCCCGCCAAGGUGGAGCGCAUCACGGCGGGCAGCUGGGCGGGGCUGCGGAACAUGUACCUGCCGCUGAUUGGGGGGGAGGAGUCCUCGCGCUACUCGGCCAUCGGGUUACAGCCGGCGGGCGAGGUGGCGGGCUCGCACUCCUCCUCCUCCUCCGCCCCACCGGGGCUGCUGUGGCGGCAGGACAAGUCCCCCGCCUCGCAGCAGGCGGCGCUGCAGCUGCUGCCGCCGGGGCUGCUGCUGGAGAUGGCGGGCAGGCUGGGCUACCACGUGCCUCUGGAGCAUCUGCUGCCCGGUGCGCCCACGCAGGGGGAGGUGGUGGCGGCGGCGCUGCGGGGCGGAAGCGCCACCCGGCUGGCGGCGGACAGCUUGGCGGCGCUGGUGCGGAGAGCCAGCAUCUACCAGGCGGCUGCGGGGCUGCUGGCUGCGGGUGGCGGCAAGGCGGUGCAGUACGUGGGGGCCAAGCUGGGGAAGGCGCUGCGGCCGCUGUGGCAGCAGGCGAGGCAGCAGGCGGGGGGGAGGUAGGACGAGGUAGAGAAAGGAAGCAGCAACCGGUAACUGGGGUUUGGAAGAGGGAAACACUGACGAACUGUUGACGAGGCUUCACCAGGAAUGGGGCGCAGCGCGUGAGAGGCACGGGGGACGGGUAGGGGUGGCAGCGGGGAUAGAAGGGGAAACCAACCCGUUUGUUAAUGGUCGGAGGGAAGUGCUGGCGGAGCGCCUUAGCGAACCGGAUGGGGCUCGUUGGGGCACAGCCAUGUAGUGUGAUAUUGGUAGGUUGGGGUGGUAGGUGGAUGGUCGGGUGUAUUCGGUGAUUACGGCUGCUGGUGAUGUGUGAGCAGGUGGCCACAUGGACGUGUAACGGCAGCUUGUGAUGAUACGCGACACUUGACGCUGUCUGCUGGCUAUAGCUAUAUAGGUGUGGCGGUUGGUCUGUGUGAGGAUGUACGGUCGUGCUGCGGCUGGCUGCUGCCGUACUGUAGAGGCUGGCUGACUUGUCUUACGCGGACUUAUAAGGACUUGCGGAAGAGUGUGCAGAAGCGAGUACCAAGCCAUUCGUGUACCAUUGUAUCUGGUGGAUUCAUGCCUGGUGACCCAUGGGUCAAUCAGAACUACAACGUACUACAUAAAACCACCAGACACCUGUCCAUGAACGGCACAUGUUAGAGUGAUAACAGGAGAGUCCAAGGGCUCACGUGCACUCUUAAGAAGCGUGUUCCCGCCGCUACAACUACGGUACCGGUACUGCCUGUUGGGGGUGGCUAAACAUAAAAAGACAGGUGGGCAGUAUGUAAACAGUCGAC